AAUUCUCAUAUGAACAAACUACAUUCACCUGCAAACAUAUCGACGACAGAAAAUAGUCCAAUGAAUAACAUUAAACUUGUUAUGAAUCAAUUGUCAGAGCUGCAAAAUAUGACAUCUAAUAUAGAUGUUUUACAACAGGCAGUCAACAAUAGUGGCCUCGAGAAAAAGUAUUGUGCUCCGACCUUAACGUCGCCGAAAGAGGAGCCAGGAAACCAUACUGUGAAUAACAUUACAGUAUUUGACAAUCUGCAUGGUGAUAAAUUGCGUUGUUAUGUUGUCAAGCAACGAAAGAUUGGUGGCAUCAAAUGGCGGCAGUGUAACUACUGUACUAGAGAAUUCAGAAAACCUUCUGAUCUGAUUAGGCACUUGAGGAUACAUACUAAGGAAAAACCAUUUAAGUGCCCUCAGUGCUAUCGUAGAUUUACUGUAAAAUCAACACUAACAGCCCACCUUAAGACCCAUACUGGAUUGAAGACUUUUGUGUGUCCUAUAUGCCAGAAACUUUUUUCAUCAUCAUCAAGUUUAAAAGUUCACAUGAGGUUACAUACUGGAACGAAGCCUUUUAUAUGUCGUGAAUGCGACAGGUCAUUUCGUACAUCGAGCCAACUCCAAACACAUUUCGCUACCAAUUGCACGAGCGAUAAUAAUCCGAAAAUAUGUGAUCAGCAGAUUGUUGAACAGACUUCAGAAAUCGAAGAGGCUAAAUUCAAUGAUAGCAGUUCCAGUGAACACUAUUAUAUUUGUACAACUUGUGGCAGGAGCUUUCAUGAUGAAAACAUUCUAAAUGAUCAUCUGUUGACGCAUACGUCAUUAGAUACUUUCAAAUGUUUGGUUAGUAAUUGUUCAAUGUAUUUCAAUACUGCGUCUGCUUUAAAAAUACAUAUGGAGAAACAUAAUGAGGUUAAAUAUUACAUUUGUCCAUCAUGUCCAAAAACCUUCAAAACGAAAGUUAAUUGCCGCGAACAUACGGAGCUGCAUAAGGAAAAUGAAAAUCUUGAACAAUAUACAAUCGCAACAAAUACAAAAUUACAGAAAAAUUGUGAAUCGAUACAAAGUCAACCCACAGCUUUCACACAUUUUUUGAUUACUUCAAAUGAUAAUAUAAUUACCACUAAACAAGAAAAAUGUGUUGAAAAUAUGAAAGAGGACAAUUGCACUAAUGAAGAUACAAAACAGAAUUUUAAUUCAGCUAUAUUAGACCAUGUGUUGCCGAUAAGCAAUUGUAUAAUGCUGCCAAAAGAUUUAAAUAUUAUUACUAAAAGUGAUCAUUAUUCUGGGGAAAGAGUUGUUAUUGAUAAUACUUCAGCAAACUUAUUUCAAGUUUCUGGAAUUUUGCAAUCUACAGAAGGCACAAAUAUGCAAAAUGUAGUAUCAGUCAAAAGUGAUCCUAAUAUUAGUUUAAAUGAUUAUUCAAGUGAGGAGACUAGUAUACCACUGUUCACAUCCAACAAUCAAUCAACUUUGUUGGUCACCACAAAAUCUUUAAAUGAUCAACCUGUUAAUGCACUGAGUAAUAUGAAUGCUAAUGCUCAAGAGAAUGUGGCCUCAUAUUUAAUCAGUAAUUUACAAUAUUCAAACCAGAAUUCUACCAACAACGAUGAAGAAACUGAGCAAAAUGCAUCACUCUGCAAAUACUUUAAUGAAAAUUCAGUUAAAUCACCUGUUAAUGUUAUCACAAAUAACAUAUUACUAAAAAACCUUAUGGUAAAUUUCCAAAAUCAAUUUGAUAUUUUAUGUCUUGAUGAUCAAGGGAGUUCAUUAGAUAUUUUGGGAGAAGAAAACUGCAUUCAGGACGAACAAAAUUAUAUUUCAGAACAACAAGAUCAAAUGAUUAUAUCGCCAGCAUCACCUUCAUUCACACACUCCUGUGUUGAUGAUGUUCAACCAGUUGAUUUUAGUUGUGGCAACAGAGAAUCUAGUGAGCAAGUGGAAUGCCAAAAUGAUCAAAUUGAUGAAUUUGGUGAAAAUGUUCAAUGUACCGGAAAUGUUCUACAAGAAACAUCUGAAAAUGACAUGGGCAGAGGAAGAAACAUGGAGCCUCAAUUUGAAAUGAAAUAUGUGCCUGAUAUUGAAGACAAUUAUAGCACAAACUCAUUAAGAACAUUUUCACCGAAUGUCAAUGAAAAUCAAUUAGAUGAAACAGGUACAGAUUCAGAUAAAUAUAUAAGAUGCAAAACUAAAAAUCUUAGUGCAUCAGAGCAAGCAUUUCUAGACUACAUUAACAAUCAGCACAAAGUAAUGACUUUGAAUAACACGGCACAGCAUCCAAAUAAAUGUUCUUAUUGUGUGAAAUCAUUUAAAAAACCAUCAGAUUUGAUCAGACAUAUCCGUGUGCAUACAGGUGAAAAACCGUACCCAUGCAAUGUAUGUCAUAAGAAAUUUUCACUAAAAACAUCUUUGGAUUGUCAUAUGACUACCCACAAUAAGUCAAAUAAAACAGUAGUUUGCAGUGUCUGUAAUAGUUCAUUUAGCACCAAAGGAAGUCUGAAGGUGCAUAUGCGAUUGCAUACGGGUUCUCGACCAUUCGAAUGCCCUUUAUGCAAAAUGACAUUUAGAACUUCUGGACAUAAACGAGCUCAUCUUCUAGUUCAUUACAGAGGAGCCACCAGAGAAGGCAAAAAUCCUAAAGAUAUAAUUACUAAAGGGAAUAAGGUAUUGAAUAUUAUGGGACCACUUACAAGUAACAUCAGCAAUUAUUCUCAAACAAUUGAGAAUGCGCAAAUUGGUGAUCAUGAAACUGUUAGUGGCCUCAACUUUGGCGAAAAUGCUGAAUAUUUAUGUAAAAAUUUGGAUGUACAGUUACUUCAAGGCUCUUUUGAAAAAUCAGUUUCCACAAAAGAUUCUGUCUUAAAAUUCAAUACAAUAAGUGAGCAAAUAUUGGCAGAUACAACAUCGCCAAAGAAACAGAUUCAGAAGAAGUUACAUAUGCAGCAAUGUGAUAUCUGUGAUAAAACUUUUAAGAAGCCUUCACAAUUAAUGAGGCAUAAGUUGAUUCAUACUGGGGAACGACCUUUCCAAUGCAACGUGUGCUCUAAACAUUUAAUCAAAAAAAUGGAUUGGAUACUCACAUGA